GCGGAUCGGCAAAAGAUCAUACCUUCUAAAACCCGAGGCACAGCGAUACCUACAUUAUCGAGAGUCGCCCUUUAAUUCGACGUUAAACUAUUAUUUACAUGACAUGUUUGAGCUUUUCUAGGGAAAUGAGGCGUUACUUCCUGGGGUCUUUCCCCACGGUAGAGAGCGGCUGAUAUCGUUGUGAUUCUGAAUAAAAGCGAUGAGCGCCUCCAGGCACCGAGCCAGGGAUCUAUUGGCCACCUACGAUCACAGUCUGGAGCAGCAAAUUGUGGGACGAGGCUCCAACCUGGCAUGCAGAGAUGAGGAGCUGUGGAAGCAGGUGGAGGGCUUGCUGAAGGACGGAGAUGCUCAGGAGACCCACUGCCUGGGUCUGGAUCCACUGAGCGUGAUGGAGGAGUCGCUCACAGCAGCCGCGUCAACAACCGCAGCCAGUGCAGGGCCAGCCAGAGCCAGAGGAGGGCUGCAAGGCCUGGCUAAAGCUUUCGAGGUCCUGGAGCAAGCAGCCUUAAACCUGUACCUCGGCCCCUGGAGGGACGAGUACAAAGUAGUCAAGAUGUACUCUGGUAUGUUCACCCACUAUAUCAAACCGGUGCUGUCGAUGCCACAGAUUGAGAAACUCUUUGGCCUGCUAGGAUACCAGCCCAGCUCGUCUCGGCACGAGCAGCUCCGUCUGCCUUCGGCCAGAGUCAGUUCUGCCUCUCUGGAGAAACUCCUGGGCUUGUCGUGUGCCUUCUUCCUCGCCCGCUGCGAGUGUCGCCUCCUUCAGACGGCUCUGGGGAAGCACGUUGGCGAGGCCCAGUGGGAGCUGAGCGUGGUCAGGGAGAGGCGGAGAGGAAACGGCGUACAGGUGGCCCUGGACAACACCAAGAAGACUCUGGAUGUCAACCAGCCACUGAUGGAGCCGUUUGAUGGAGAAGUGGAUCUGUACACAGACGAGCAUGUUAACGGGGGGCGGAGGGAGCCGGUUGUUAACGAUGACGAGAGUCCGCGCUCUUUAACCUGGGUGACGCCAAGCAGCGCAUCACCCUCUGCUGCCAAAACACACAGCAACGGAGUCCGGUCCUUGUCCUCCUCAUCCAGCGCCCUCUCCGCUAGAGACAACGUCUGCAUCUCUACACUCAACUGCCAGCUGACUAAGACUACGCCACUGGAAUCGGUGAUUACCAGAAGCUCCUCGGCCAGCGGGCGGCAAAGCAGACGUUCCUGGGAGGAGUCUAGGUUUGAUGAAGCGGACUCGCAGUCACGCAGUCUGCAGGGAGAAGCAAUGGGGCUUUGCGGGAGCGAGGCUGAAGCCAACCACCUUUGCAGCUGUCUCCAAUCUUCUCUUCGUUGCCCUCCGUCAGUCUGUGUUGAAUGCAAAGCCUUGCACAACAUUACCUGUGCCUUGUUCCAGCGUUGCUACAUAGAGGGCCACUGCAUUCUUCCCUACCCUGACAAUACCACCGAAGAGAUGAAAGAAUUGUUGCCACAGGAUGGGAGCCUCAGGGUGAGUGAUAUGAGCGCAUCGCCAACUCUCACCAGCAGCAGCGCAGCAAUGUCCUCCCUAUCUCUGCGUGAUGACCCUAAGUCAAUAAUUCCAUCUCAUCAUCCAAUCAGCUACCAUGGCUGCUGCGACCUCGCCCAGCUGGAUCCCCAGGUCCUGUGUCUCAGCUGCGGCGUCUUCCACUCUGGUUCCUGCAGAGAGAUAGACUUCUGCCAAAAUCACCACAAGAUCAAGCCACUGGGAGUGUGCUCCUGUGGGAGGGCCUGCUUCAGAAAGCCCCUGGUUCUGUGCAGAUAUUGUGGAAAUGAGUAUUGUAGCGAUUGUUGGUACAGAAAUCCUGUUGUGUGCACCUGUGGCCAAACUUUUGACCAGUCGUCUUCUGUGUGAUUUGUAUUUGAAAGGUAUUGCACUAAUGAGGCACAGCUAGCAAAAUCACAGUGCCUUAAAUAUGCGUACUGGAAACAGAAAUCUUUUUUUUUUUAAUCAAGUGAAAUGUAUCUAAAUUCAAAUGUUGCCUUGACACUACUGAAAUGCAGUAUUGAGUGUGCUCCAAUUUUUCUAUUUUGGUCCUCCUUUCUGAGACUCUCAUCACUCUGUCAUCAUGGGCACGUUCAAUCUCAAAACGUCCCGGGUUAAAGGACAUGUUUCCUCAGAAAGGUGUGAAAGUGUGCAACGAGCUUUGAGCUAUGUCUUCUCUCACUUUGUGGCUGUGUCAGAGAUGUUACCCAAUCAGCAACGAGUAUGGAAACUCGUAAUAAAAAGGCAGUGCACCGAGCACACAGCAGGGUGUUCAACGCAUCCGCUUUUUCAGUUUAAAAAAACAUUUUGUCUGGGCUGAACCUGCCUCUAGUUAUUCUGUACGUGGCCAUCUUUACCAUUACCAGCAUUAUGAACAUGUUAUGUAUUGUUGAGACUUGUAAGUUGUGAUUAGUUUGUGCUCUUGGUUCACUUAAAUGUAAUUUAAUGUGAAGCACAAAGAAGUUUGUUUUCAUCUGUAUGUGUUGCCUGCACACAGACUGGAGUAAAAAACAAAAAAAAGGUCAAAA